GUCUCCAAUAGCACAGUAAUAAUGUCAAAAGAAAUCACCAUCUCUAAUACAAACAAGCUGGAAAUAGUAUGGCAAGAAAAAUGGCACAUAUGCACAAAAAGAAUACAGAGAUGCUGCAAAAGCUGCUACAUCACCGUAUAAUACAUGUAAACCACUCACAGAUAUCCUUCACUCUGGCAUAAGUCAAAUGGAUAAUCAGCUUUCAUGUUAACAAUGUUUUGAUUUCUUAAGCACAAGUUUCUUGAAAAAAACUACGAAGUGAUAAAUUAGCUUUCAUGUCAUAUGUUUGCAUUCUAGGUAGGACAAAGGGGCCUCCAGUUAUCAGGUGGACAGAAACAGAGAAUUGCAAUAGCAAGAGCAAUAUUAAAGAACCCUCCAAUUCUUUUGCUUGAUGAGGCCACCAGUGCACUUGAUACAGAUUCAGAGAAACAAGUUCAAGAAGCACUCGACACAGCCAUGCAAGGAAGAACGGUCAUCUUAAUUGCACACAGAAUGUCAACUAUGUUAGUGCAGAUAUAAUAGCUGUUGUUCAGAAUGGAAAAGUGACAGAGACAGGAACCCAUCAUAACCUAUUAAAUACCAGUAAAUACUACAAUGCCUUGUUUAGCAUGCAGAACAUUGGCCAAGAUUGUCAGACCAGGUCACAUUCAACUCAAUGACAUAUUUUCCAUUAAAAGAUAAACAUAAGUAUUUGAUGGAUUUAAAAUGGCAUACAUUAUAAUUGACAGGAUGGAAGCUACAAAUGAGAAAGCUGAAUUUAUCCAACAAGACAAUGCGCCUCAGGACAAUCAGCAGCCUGAUGAGCCAAGGGAAUUCCAUAAAGAGUUUAAACAACGCUGUGAGAAGGAGCAGAAAGGAAAAAAAGAAACACGUAUAUUCUUCAGAAUCUGGUUUGGCUUGAAUAAGAGAGAGAUCAUAAAAACUGCUAUUGGCUCUUUUGCAGCAGCUUUUGCAGGAAUCUCUAAACCUGUUUUUGGAUUCUAUGUCAUUACAAUAGGAGUGGCAUAUUACAAUCCUGAUUCAAAGGAGAAAGUAGCUCGGUAUUCAGUAAUAUUUACCUCAAUAGGACUGCUUUCUCUGUUUGCCCACACUUUGCAACAUUACUUAUUCGGAGUAGCUGGAGAGAAGGCCAUGACAAACCUCAGGCAAGCUUUGUACACCGCCGCACUACGUAAUGAAUUGGCUUGGUUUGAAAAUCCCGAAAACAGUAUUGGACCACUUACCUCCAGGAUAGUCAAUGAAACAUCCACAGUCAAGACAAUAAUAGCUGAUCGCAUGUCUGUCAUUGUCCAGUGCAUCUCCUCCAUACUUAUAGCAACAACUGUUAGUAUGAAAGUUAACUGGAGAAUGGGUCUGGUGGCUUGGGCUAUAAUGCCAUGCCAUUUUAUAGGCGGACUGGUUCAAGCAAAGUCAGCUAAAGGUUUCUCUAGUGAUAGCGCUGUUGCACACUCAGAACUCGUUUCCCUAGCCUCUGAAUCUACAAUGAAUAUAAAGACUGUUGCAGCUUUCUGCUACGAAACACAGAUACUUGAGAAGGCCAAAUUGUAUUUAACGAGACCAUUGAGGAAAGGGAGGGCAGAGAGCAUCAAGUACGGAAUCAUACAAGGGAUCUCUCUUUGCGUAUGGAACGUUGCACAUGCAGUGGCCUUAUGGUACACAACAGUUCUGGUCGACAAGAACCAAGCCAGCUUUGAAGAUGGCAUAAGGUCAUACCAGAUAUUUUCCCUAACAGUACCCUCAAUUACAGAACUAUGGACACUGAUACCCACUGUUUUAUCAGCCAUCGGCAUUCUAAAACCUGUGUUCCAGAGCCUCGAUCGGUGCACAGAAAUUGUACCAGACAUGCCAGACAAUGCAUCAACUGAAAGCAUCAAAGGGGAAAUCGAGUUCCAAAAUGUCCAGUUUCGUUAUCCAUCAAGGCCAGAAGUACUGGUGCUAAACAAUUUCAGUCUGCAAAUUGAAGCUGGAGUUAAGAUGGCUAUAGUGGGGCCUAGUGGAGCAGGAAAAUCUUCAAUCUUGGCCCUAUUACUUAGAUUCUAUGAUGUGAAUGAGGGAAAAGUUCUGAUUGAUAGCAAGGAUAUAAGAGAUUACAAUCUUAGGAAGUUAAGGGCACAGAUUGGACUGGUGCAACAGGAGCCACUCCUGUUUAGCUGCUCAAUUAGAAACAAUAUCCGCUAUGGAAGUGAAAAAGCAUCUGAAUCUGAGAUAAUAGAAGUGUCAAGAGAAGCAAACAUACAUGAGUUUAUAAGUAACUUGCCCAAUGGAUAUGAUACUGUUCUUGGGGAAAAGGGCUCUCAACUUUCUGGAGGACAAAAGCAACGGAUAGCGAUAGCAAGGGCGUUACUCAAAAGACCAGCAAUAAUGCUGUUGGAUGAAGCAACAAGUGCAUUAGAUACCGAGUCCGAGAGAGCAGUGGUAAAUGCAUUGGAAUCAAUGAAGCUGAACAACUAUGGAGGCACAAAAAUGACUCAGAUAACAGUAGCACACAGGCUUUCAACAGUAAUAAAUUCAGAUACUAUAGUUGUUAUGGACAAAGGUAAGCUUGUGGAGAAGGGCAGCCACUCAACCCUGAUGGCUGAGCUUGACAGUGUGUAUUCAAGACUUGUUAGGCUCCAAAGUGUGGAAUAAUUUGAACGAAACUGACAACACAUAAAGCAUAAUGAGUCUGCCUUUUUCUCGAUACAGUGGAUAAACAUAGCUUAAGUAUCACACUAGUUAGUAUUUGCAUAAAACAUAUGAAAACCUGUUUAUAUGUAUCUCUUCUCCACAGAGAUUUGAGUACACAUAAUCGAUAAACGAAAAGAAAGCGCAGUCGUUCAAAAUUUCAGUCAGUAUCCAGGUUUGAUACUGUGUGCUUUAGAUACUCUGAAUAAAUUAACAUGGAUGCUUAGUACAUUCAUUCGUUCUUCAAUCUCCUAUACAGAGGCAAUCCAGGGCAACAAAACACAAACACAAUACAACAACAACAAACCCAGUGUAAUCCCAUCAAAAGAUCCAUAUCAAAUGCAGCCUCUAUCUUUAUUUUAUUCCAGGGGUCAGCUAGCCAGAUUAGUCAACAUUUAUCUCUUUCGAUGCAACGGCAAGAUCUUAUUCGUUACAAGUGGUUUUGUUGGUUGGUUAAUUGGUCACAGUUUAUUCAUGAAAUGGCUUGGAUUGGUAUUAGUCUGGAUACGGCAAAAUCAUUCUAUUAGAUCGAAUAAGUACAUUCGAUCUACGCGAGCCUCCCAACAAAGCCAACAUAAAUCCGAUCCGAAUAAAAAAAAGAGUAGUGUGUUAUUUACAGUCAGAACAUGCCAGACUGGUUGAAUUGUAGUGGAACCUGAUAUAAUGGCUCCUUCCCCAUCUUUCAUUAGCCUUAUCCAACCAACGAUUUCUUUGAGAGUUGCUACAGAUUCUGUUUUCUGAGGAAACUGUGAUUACAGAAAUGGACCUAAUUUGGAAUUUGUCGCAAGCAGUCUAAAAAUAUGAUAGGCGAUACAUCUAAAUGAAAAUAUGAACAAAGCACCAGUACGAGCAUUCAUAUUUUCAAAAAAUUAAUGAGAAAACAAAAGGCCAAAACCAAAUGUUGACCUCGCCUAAAUGGAGACUAGAAAAUUUACGGUAAAAAGACUUAUUUAAUGUUUUUAACAUCGCAGCAAUAAGGUAGAAGAGAAAAAAAAGAAGAGCAU